UUGAAAAAACUCAAAUUUCUAUUCUGGAGGAGAAUGAUAUCCCUCACGUUAGUAAUCCUGUGUACAACUUGCAUAAUUAUUCCCAUUUCAUUGUCUCAUGAACUUACCCGUUAUGAGUCUGUGAUAAAAAAUACUCAUGAUAAAUCUCGAAGUGUCGGGGUAGUUGUAGCGCUAGCGAGGAACCAUCUCUCUUUCGAAAAGACAACAAUGUGGCAUGAGCUAACGAGGACGUUAUCUAAUAAAGGAAUAUCGACGAUUAUCAUUGACUUCCAGCAAUUGGAAAGCCAAUUGACAUUCUACAUAGGAAAGACUUAUUCUCCGCUGAUUGUGAUUGAUAUCGAUACAAUCGAAGAUUUGCGUAAGGUCGAGAUGAUCACAGAGACCGCAAACAUGAAUUAUUUCGGGUGGCUAAUAUUUUUCAAUGGAGAAGUUGAUCCCGAUGUCUGUAGAUAUUGCCAUGAGCCACCUGGGAAUUUAUUUCAUCUCAAUUUCGCCUCAAAAUUUCUCAUUUCAUGCUGCGACUCGAAUAUUCUCCAAGAAUGGUGGUCUACCCGGAAGACCCAAACCAAGAGACAGAAUAGUGCACGAUUGACCAAUGAAAAAUCCGGAAUUGUGUGGCUCUCUCCGAAAUUAUUUAACAUAGUCGAUCGUUCAAUGGAUGGUGAAGUAUUCCGUAUUACCUCACUCCUGGUAAAAAUGAGUCAACUUUUAGUUAAUAAUGUGUAUCAACCCUGUCAACAGUACUUGUCGAUAAACUGCCCAUAUCCUUUUUCCACCGAUAAAAAAAGUCUCCAUGGAAAUUUUGUUAUUUCCCUGAGUUUAAAAAAUAUUCAUAAAAAUUGGACAAUAGUCAGGAGCGACUUAUCUCGUUUUACUACUUGGAUACUGAUUUGCGCAGUACAAAGAAGGAAGGUGACAAUUUCAUGGCAAUUGCGGCAAUUAUCAAGAAAUUAUCUCAAUCAAUGAAUUUCACACUGGGAAAAAUUUUAUGGGAGAAAGCAUAUGGACUUCGCUAUAAGGGAAUGUCAAAUUGGACAGGAAUAAUUGGAAGAAUCCAGCGAAAGGAAGCGGACUUGAUUCUUAGUCCUUUAAUAAUGAGCAGUGAACGAUACGAUUACUUGCAAUUUACUAGUCCUAUACUCUAUGGAGUUUAUCAACUGCACGUCAGGAAACUUGAUACGGCUCAGUUAUCAUGGAAUGCUUAUUUUAAGGUAUUUGCAGCUGAUGUCUGGAUAGUCAUUAUUGGAUUAAUUUUGACGGUACCUAUUAUUUUGACUUUUAUGGAACGGCAUACAAAAAAAUCCAGUUUUCUUGUCCUUCUCAGCAAACACUACACAUUUGUUUGGGGUGUAUUCUGCCAACAAGGAUUGUCAGACUUCCCCGAUGAAUUACCUUUGAGAAUUACCUAUAUAUCACUGAUAACGUCGUCAUUGAUCGUCUCAGCCACGUAUGGGGCAUCAUUCAUGAGCACCCUCGCGGUGUCAUCAUCCUUUGCACCAUUCUCUUCAGUGGAAGAGUUCUUGAGAGAUGGACGUUACAAACUCAUAGUAACGAGAAAUUCCACAUUUUAUUAUGAAUUCAAGAAUUCUAAUUUGACAUUCAUGAAGCAAAUGAUGUCCCUCAUGAAACCAGUGAAUUUGCUUCCCAUAAACUACGAGAACGGAUUCGAGCAGAUAUGCACGGAAAGAGUUGCCUUUUACACACAUGAAGUUGCAAAAAAAGGGCUGGUCAAUAACUUCUCCUGUGAAAUUGCAUCCAUCAAAGCUGGAAACAUGGAAACCCUAGCACUGGGCAUGCCACGAAACAACCCAUACUAUGAGCCUAUUAAUCAUUUUGUGCAGAAUAUGGCCUUGAAAGGAAUAUUCCAAGAAUUGCUGACUGAACACUCCACGACACCCAGCCUUGAGAAUGGCUUUGAAUCGGUGUAUCUUCAACGAAUAACACCACUUAUUGUCGUCUGGCUGAUUGGACUCGGUAUUGCCUUAAUCAUUUUCAUCUUCGAGAAAAAUUUGGAUGUGUCUAUAAAGGAAGCACGCGACAAGAAUAGAGGAGUAAAAAACAAUAGAAAAUAGCCCAUUAAUUGCCUGAAAUUAGUGCAUUCCAUACUUGCUUGGGAUUGAGGCAAAACUGAAGUGUUAUUGUCGCUACCAAAAUAUGUUAAAUAUAUUGUUAUAGAUUCUAUUUAUCCAAUACAUUUUUUUAUCUGUGGUCCUAUGUGAAAAUCAUGGGAUCGCCCCAAACGCUA